AUGUCAGCUCCAUCUGUACCUAAUAAGCCCCAGCAUUCUCGUCGUGAUACGGCGUUGAUUCAUGGUCUUUCGACCUCGGAGGUCCAGGCCUUGUCCGAGGCUUGCAUUGAAGCCAAGGGUAGAGCUUACUGCCCUUACUCCAAGUUCAGAGUCGGAGCUUCUCUGCUCCUAACCUCUGGCCAAAUCAUCCGUGGCGCAAACGUUGAAAACGCAGCAUACCCCGUCGGAACCUGCGCCGAGCGAACAGCUUUAGGCACCGCCGUCGUAGAGGGAGCUCGACGAGGAGACAUCCGCGCUCUUGCGGUGGCUACAGAUAUUUCGCCGCCGGCUAGUCCUUGUGGAAUGUGUAGACAGUAUAUCAGGGAGUUUUGCGAACCUAGUAUGCCGGUUUUGAUGUAUGACAAGGAUGGAAAGAGUACGGUGCUUACGUUGGAGCAGCUUUUGCCCAUGAGCUUUGGGCCGGAGAGCUUGCCUAUGCAUUGA